AUGGAUCGAUUUUGUGCUUCAAUUCUAAACGUAGCAACGACACAACUUAUACAACAAGCAGGAUUCAAGAAAACCUCACGUUUAGGUAUUAAUGUGCUUUCAGACGUGUUUGGUAAUUACCUCGAACUACUAGCAAAAACCGCGAGCAAUAAUGCAAUGCACGCUGGUCGAUCCCAAAUCAACGAGUUCGAUGUUAAAACAACGUUUGAUACCUUGAAUAUCAAUAUAAAAGAGUUGGAGGAAUGGGUUGUGAACGAAAAGAGUGGUAAAAAUCGUGGUUGGUGUGGUGCUGAUCCUUCACCUCUUCUCAAAGAUUUACUUGCAACGGGCAUUUCAAAUGAUUCGGCAGAUAAACAAGUUUUGGAAUUCAAAAAUUUCGUUGAAACAAUGGAUACAAGUGAGAAAGAAGAUAGUUAUGAAUACAAAGUUGAGGAAGAGUCAAGUAAAGAGAUGAAACUUAUGGCGAGUUCUUCGCACGUAAAAGAAAGUUCUCGACCAUCGUAUAUACCCGAUUUCUUGCCACCAUUACCCGAUGUCCAUGAAAAAUUUCAAGACACGUUCAACUCAUUUAUGCAAAAUGAAUCACCAUCAGUUAAACCACAACAAAAUGAAUCACCAUCAGUUAAACCACAGCAAACUGAAACAUCAUCAGUUAAACCACAAUUAUCAAAGAAAACACGUAAAAUGGAAGAGCUUUCAUAUUGUCACGUGACUACGGAAGAAACACUCUGCGCCAGUUCGAGUUAUGGAUUAUUUGACGACUAUACAGAAAAUUCUAUGCCUGAAUUAAGUGAUUCUGAGCUAUCGCUAUUUGUUCUCAAACCAAUAACUAGUCAAUAUACAGUUGCUGCUGAUCCCACCGAUGAGAUAUCACAUCGGAUGAUCAGAAAAGAUAGGAAAAUAGGCAUUUCAUAUAAUAAUCUAUCAUGUCGACCUGAUUUAAUCAUGCCAAGGCAAAUUUCUUCAAGAACUUCAAGACGUGCUGUUCCAAAAUUAUUUAUUUCUUAUCAACCGUCAGCUACACGCAUUGAGUCACAAUCACUUUCUCCUGAUGAGUCACCUUCGAAUCGAUCAUCGCGAGUAAGAAAACGAUCUAGAAAACUCGAAGAAUCUGAAGAAUUUACUACUCCAAACGUCAAAAAGGCGAAAACCGAAAAAUCAGAAAAUAAUUUGGUGGUUUCUAAAAAGAAAGCAGUUAUCACUAAAACUGCGAAACCUUCCAAAAACACGUCCACAUCAUCAGAUUUAUGUAAAAAAUCAUCUUCGACCAGAACUGCUAAAGCAACAGCGAAACAACAAUUGCCGUCAUCCACUCCAGACAAUAAAACAGAAUCAUCGAAUUCAGAAGAAGUAAUUAAUUGUAUAUGUGAAUUUCCGGAUAAAGAUAAUGGAAAAUUCAUGGUAUCGUGCGACAACUGCUCCGUGUGGUUUCAUGGAGAAUGCGUAGAACUUGGGGAUGAAUUGACGAAGGUGGAUACGACCACAUCUCCUUCACAAGACAAUAGUAGUAUUAAUAUCAAUUACUCGAGCACAAUUUCUUCCAUUUCUUCUAUCAUAACAGAUCAAUUACCAAAUAAUCCAUUAACAAAUCUUGACCAAUUUCUCGCAAGACGUACGUCAUCGGCUUCUUCAUUGUUCAGUACCGGGUCACAAUCUACAUUGGAUAUAAACGCUCAAGAACUUGUGUUAAAAGAAAAAUCAAAAAAAGCAUGUACAGACAUAGAAUUAUACACCCGUCAUCUCUUAAACGAUUCCUCGUUGGGAUUGUAUCAUAUGAGCGAACAUAUUCGUAAAAAAGUUCCGCAAUUUGUGGAAGAAAAAAAAAAUCUGAUCACACUCUCGAACAAGUUAGACCUUGCAACAGCAAACAUUACAGAUUCCCGAGAAAUAAUAAAAAAUAUUUCGAACCUUGAACAAUUUACCAAUAUUACAAAUCUACUAAAACGUACUUUGGAAAUAAUCGAGAAAAAGUGA